AUGGCAUCAAAGAGUAUUGUGUCCGUUGUUCUGGUCAUAGCAUUCAACCUUUUAUUAUGUGUCGUGGUUAGUGGCUGUGAAACGUCCGACAUACCAGAACCCACCCUCAAUCCAAAUCAAAAACCAAACCCAAACCCAAGCAGCAAUCCCAACCCCAAUCCCUACUCCAGCCCGAACCCGAACCCCAUCCCUAACACUAACCACACCCCCAACCCCAACCCGAACACAGUACCAAACACAAACCCAAAUACAGAAACCUGCCCUAGAGACGCCUUGAAACUGGGGGUUUGUGCUAAUCUUCUAGGGGGAUUGGUCAAAGUUGAGUUAGGUUCACCACCGGUGAAGCCAUGUUGCUCUCUUAUCCAAGGACUUGCCGACCUUGAGGCUGCCGUCUGUUUGUGCACUGCAAUCAAAGCCAACGUCCUAGGGAUCAAUCUUAAUGUACCAGUAUCUCUUAGCUUGCUCGUUAAUGUCUGUGGCGGUGAAGUCCCAAAUGGUUUUGUAUGUUCCUAG